GGCGAGCUCACCGUCCUUCUCGACGACGUCCUCGUCUAACUCCUCUCCAAUCAUGUCGAACACGAUCGCAUUAUACCCGCUCUCAAACUUCACCUUUAGCACGAAGGAGGCGCAGCCCGAAGAAGACCCAUCUGUGUCUGCGCGCCUGCAGCGUCUGCAGAACAACUAUGAGGACUUCGGUAUGCGGCGAACGGUCGAAGGAAUCCUCGUUGUGCACGACCACGGGCACCCCCACAUCCUCAUGCUCCAAAUUGCCAACGCGUUCUUCAAAUUGCCCGGGGACUACCUCAAGCCGGGCGAGGACGAGAUUGAAGGCUUGAAGAAGCGCCUGGACGACCGCCUUGCGCCACCCACGGACUCGAAGCAGUUCAACGCGUCGCACGGCGUGGACAACGAGUGGGAGAUUGGAGACUGCCUCGCGCAGUGGUGGCGGCCGAACUUCGAGACGUUCAUGUACCCCUUCAUUCCCGCGCACAUCACGAAGCCGAAAGAGUGCAAGAAGCUCUUUUUGGUGCAAAUGCCCGAACGCAAGGUCCUGGCCGUACCGAAGAACAUGAAGCUCCUUGCAAUCCCCCUGUUCGAGCUGUACGAUAACGCAGCGAGAUACGGGCCUCAACUAUCUGCCAUCCCUCAUCUCCUCUCUCGGUACAACUUUAUUUACCAGUAGAGCGGCGAGGAUCAAAAGUCCCGCUCAUCCCUCCCUCCCUAUCGUCGCUCGUAGCCUCCCGGAACCCCUCCUAAUUGGUCGCCCGUUCUGCAUCCCUCUGUCGUGUCUGUGGUUCCGCUCGCUGUCAAUAGAUCGCUGUCAGAAUUGUACUACCGCGCUCGCUGAGCCUUUUGUGUAUUAGUCGCCUUGCAUAUGGAAGAAUAGUUCAGUACGUC